CGCUGACGGACGUGUCGGGCCGGGGUUCCUGGGACUUGAGCGGGACAGGCGUGAGCGACCAUGGCCUGGCAGAGCAUCCCGGUAGCCCGGCUGGAGGGCGUUUCGCAGGAACAGUUCACGCAGCAGCUCUACCCGCAGAGAAAACCUCUAGUGUUGGAAGGAAUCGAUUUGGGGGCAUGUACAAGCAAAUGGACAGUGGAUUACCUGAGCCAAGUUGGAGGGAAAAAAGAAGUAAAGAUUCAUGUUGCUGCAGUUGCCCAGAUGGACUUCAUUAGUAAGAACUUUGUAUAUAGAACUUUACCUUUUGAUAAGUUGGUUCAAAGGGCAGCUGAAGAAAAGCAUGAAGAAUUCUUUAUUUCAGAGGAUGAGAAGUACUACUUACGGUCACUUGGGGAAGACCCUAGAAAGGAUGUUGCAGAUAUCAGAAAGCAGUUUCCUUUACUGGAAGGAGAUAUUAAGUUUCCAAAAUUUUUCAAAGAGGAGCAGUUCUUUUCCAGUGUUUUUCGAAUUAGCUCACCAGGAUUACAACUUUGGACCCACUAUGAUGUAAUGGAUAACUUCUUGAUACAAGUGACAGGAAAAAAACGUGUUGUACUAUUCAGUCCUCGAGAUGCCCAGUAUCUAUAUUUAUCAGGUACUAAAUCAGAAGUACUGAAUAUAGAUAAUCCAGACUUAGCUAAAUAUCCACUGUUUUGCAAAGCUAGAAGGUAUGAAUGUUCCCUUAAAGCUGGAGAUGUAUUAUUCAUUCCUGCUUUAUGGUUCCAUAACGUAAUCUCUGAAGAGUUUGGAGUGGGAGUGAAUGUUUUUUGGAAGCACCUUCCAUCUGAAUGCUAUGAUAAAACGGAUACCUAUGGAAACAAAGACCCUAUGGCAGCAUCAAGAGCUGCACAAAUUCUGGACAGAGCUUUAAAAACACUGUCUGAAUUACCAGAGGAAUACAGGGACUUCUAUGCACGGCGAAUGGUCUUACACAUUCAAGAUAAAGCCUAUAGUAAAAACUUUGAGUAAAUAAUGAAGUGAAUGCAAUGAAUAUAAACUUUGCAAUACAGUUCAACUCAAAUAUUAGAAAAGUAUAACACAUAAUAUAUUUUUUAAAGAUUGAUUCUUUGUUAAAAUAGGAAAGAUAAAUCAAUCUCAGACUUAUAGAUUAAAUAUGAAUUUGUAUUUAUAUGGUUUCUAUUUAAUACAGUAGGUUGAAAGAAUGUUGUACUGGGUGGGACCACUCUAGCUUUCAGAUGCAAAUAAUUAAAAAUCCAACUUAAAAUGACUUAAUAAAAUAGAUCGGUUGGCUCAAUCGGUUAAGUGGCUCAGGUCAUGAUCUGUUUGUGGGAUCGAGCCCCAUAUCAGGCUCCAUGCUGACAGUGGCGAGCCUGCUUGGAAUGCUCUGUCCCUCUCUGUUCUUCCCCCCUCGCUUGUGCUCUCUCUGUUCUUCUCCCGUUUGUGUGCUGUCUCCCUCUCAAACUUAAAAAAAAUAAAAUGACUUAAUAAAAUAUACUGAAUCAUUAUACAUGAAGUCAACUGAUAAACGGGCUUCAGUAUUUCUAUCCAGUGAUUCAGUAGUGUCACCAAGAACCUCUAGGUUUGUUUCUCCCAUUUUCAAAUGCAGCAUUGGCAUCAUCCUAAGGCUGGCUACCCUCGUGGUCACGGGAUGAUUGCCAAUAGCAGUUGGAGCCAUGUGCUUCUUCAUUUACAUGCAGUGGAGAAGUCAGGCUGGAUUCCAAGGGCCUUCUCUUAAUAUGCAAAAGCUUUCCCAGGGUCUCAUUGAUCUAAAGUGGCUUAGACCUGUCUACCGCUGAGCCAGUCACUGGGAAACGGUAUGGAAUAACCCUUAGAACAACUGGGUCUCCUGGAGCUUAUAAGUAGAAUCCUCUUCCUCUGAGGUACAUGAGGUAUACAUGCGGACAGCAUGGAUAAUUUUUAAAAUUAGGAUUCAGGUUAGGAAAAGAAGAUGAGCAACCAACAAUGUCUACUACAUUUUUCCUUUGAGCUUUUUUAAAACAUACAGUUGUUUAGGCACCAACUUUGUAGACUUUAUUCGGUAUGUUUAGGGUUUGGUAUAAUAUCUGUAUCUGGUAGGCCUCAUAGGUUGUUUUGAUGUAUAAUCAGGAUUGAGAACUGGAUUAAAUGAUAGUAAUUUGGAUUAUUGGUUUUGUGAUUUGUCCAAAAAGUUUAAUCUGAUCCUGGGGUUUUUUGGCACUCAAAGUCAGAUCUGCCCCUUUUUUCAGUUAUUCAACGUCAGAAAAUGUUCAAAUCUGUUUUAAUUUAUACUUACAGCUAAAUCUCAGCCCAGUUAGUUUUCCCCACUAAAUGAUUUUCCACCUCUUUUUAAAGAGAAAAAUUCUUUUUUUAAGAACAAAUACAGGAGAGAUCCCAAUAAUGUUGUCAUCAUUGAAGACAAUGAGCCAUUGUAUGUGGAUCUGUGCCAUUCUUUGUAAUUACAUUGCAAUUUCAUUGAAGAAAGACCAGAUAUAUUUACUGAACACAAAUGUGUUCAUCUAAGGCAAUCUGAGUGUAUCAAGUUGAUGCGUUUUAAUUAUGGACAAAAUAAUUUUCUGUUCAAGUAAUUCGUCUGUUCAUAUCCUGUGUUUGGAGUUUGAUUAAUUUCAGGUAUAAAAAACAUUACGAUAAAUAAUGGAAAAGUAUAUAAAAAAUCAUUCUGAACUCCCUAGGUGCCUUUGGGAAGAGAGAUUGAAGUUACUCAGGUCAACAAAAGUACAAAGACGGUCUGUUAGAAAAGCAAUUGUCACAUUAGCCUGAUUUAAUUACUAGUUUUUUUUUUUUAAUUAUCUUUAGUUCUUAGAUUAAGCAAAGAAAUUCUUUAAUGAUUCCUUUUCCUUUGGGAAGAAAAAAAAAAACCUGUUAGUUUGAACAGUAUUUAUGCUCAGCUCUUUAAUAAACCUCCUGGGUUUUGCCUCUUUAAAAAAAACAACAACACAAAGAGAAUCAGUGCAAAGUAUAUAUCCAGAGUCAUGUAGAAAACUUGGAAGUAAAACCGAUUAUAAUCUUCCCAAUGAAUAUUCAUUUUAAUUCAGUUUAUUUGGGAAGCACACUGCAUGACCUUAGGCAAGUUAAAUAAUUUAAUCUUUCUGAAGCUUAUUUUCCUCAUCUUUAAACUUGUACUUUAUACGGUUGCUACAAAAUUACAGAGAUAAUUCCAGGGCAGGGACAGUGAUGGCUGAUGCUAGCUUUGAGAUUUAGGGUGGCUCUUGUGGCAGUAUUAAAUUAUAAUGCCUACAAAACUAGAAGUGAACCCUUAGGGAAAUUUUAAAAUGAUUUCCUUGGUCAUAUUUUUUAAUGUUAGAGUCUUAAUUUUGCAUUUAUCUUUUUUGCUGACCUGAUUGAGACCAAAUGAGAUAUUUUUAAUAUAUAACAUAUUAAACAGUAUGUGUUAGCUGCAACGUCUCAGGAAUUCCAAAUCUUAGAACUUUAUUGCUGAAAGGGAUCUUAGAAAUCAUUUUAUCAAUCCACAUCGCCUAAGUGAUUGUCCAGGCUUGUGACAGAAACUGGAAUUACAGCUGUGGUGACCAGGUCAGUAAUUGUCCUCGCUUUCUCCCUUAGGUGCAGCACAUCUCUUGUUAUUCUUUGACUACAGUUUGGGGGCUUCACCUGAUACACAAAGGAAUUUUUCUUCUCUGUCAGCAAAACUUGUCACUGUACCACUCACUGUACCACAUAGACAAGGGAUACAAAGUAAGACUAACAAGUAAACAACAGAGUGUAAGAGAAAAUGGAAUACUAUGCAGUCAAACAAUGAGACAGAGGUAUUGUAGUACUGGCAAGAAAGUUUUCAAGGUAAUUAAAUGAGAAAAAGGUUGGAAACUAUGGAUAUAGUGUACUGCCGUUUGUGUAAAACAAAGGUUUGCUGUAAGUAAACAUUUAUAUUUGUAUAUGUAUAGAAUUAUCUCUGCUAGAAUAUACAAGAAACCAGUGAUAGUGAUUGCCUUUGGGAAGAAGUUAGACAAUUUAGGUGUGCAGACUGGAAUCUGCAGUUGUAUAUUUUGACUUUUUUUUUUUGGCCCCUCUAUCAUUCUUUCAAAACAACUUUUUUAAAUACAUGUGUUAGACUGUAUUAGUUUUUCAUGAACACUAACAGUAUUUGUCUUGGCACAUAAUUACAUUGGAAUUCUACUUAUUCAGUAAUUGAUUUAAAACUUGUCACUUACAGUUUUAAAAAGGGAAAUAAAUUCAACAAGGCUUAUUUUGUAUCUUUCCACCCUUUUGAAGAGCGGCUAUGGGAACAUUUGGAAAGAAUCUUGGUAAGGAGGCUUUUCUCUCACCUAUCUGAAGUUGCCAACAGACAUCUAAGCUGAACCUGAGAAGUUGAAGGAAAGCAAAAUGCAGGAAGCUGGAGUGCAGGUAUGCGUGGGGUCAGAGCUGUGCUGCUGGGACUCCUUCCUCCAGGGCUGAGACCAGACGUGGUGAGGAGCCAGUCGACAGGCAGUCACUCACACAUCCCUGCUGUUACCUCAGUCUUGUUGCAAGCACACAUGCUGAGUGUUUGGUGUUUUAAGUAUGCCUAAGUUGUAUUCUAUUUUUAAAGCUCCAUUAAAUGAGAUCCUAAAAUGAC